AUGAGCAAUCGGGCACCGGGUGCGCACAGGCACCUGCACCCACCAGCACUGUAUGACUACGUAGCCGCCGUCAAUGAGAUCAGGGUCUAUGUGGGGGCCCUCGCGGGCACGUGUCUACCCAUAUAUGGCGUAUCGGAGGGCGAGUCGUGUCAGUCGGACGACGACUGUGAGGCCGGACUCAACUGCGCCUAUGAUGUCAGUUACGCCGUCAACCCCUCAGCCCUAUACCAAGUGAAGGCCCGGCGCUCGUGUCGGGCGGUUAUUGAGAGGGAAAUGAUGAAAAAACAGUAUAACAAUGAAUGCCAGACGAGCUCCGAGUGCGACGCCUCCCGGGGCCUGUGCUGUCAAGUGAUCAAACGGCACCGACAGGCGCCCCGUAAGCUGUGUUACUACUUCUCGGACCCGCAGUCCUGUGUGGGCGCUGUGGACGUCACGUACGCGAAGCCUUUACAUCAUUUGCCAAACUCUAACGUAUUGUUCAAAGCGAGAAUCGGUUGAAUACAUAGGAUAUACAGAAUAUUCCGUAUAUUUAUAUAUAUAUGUAUAGAGAUGUUAUGUCCACUCAUUUACC